AUGCAAAAGCUUAUCCUCUUGUUGCUGCUCGUUUCCUGCAUUUUAUACUCAACGAAUGCUCAGUAUGGAUAUGGAGGCUAUGGGGGUUAUCCUUAUGGAGGCUAUGGGGGUUAUGGUGGUGGAUAUGGUGGUUACAGGCCUUACGGUGGAUAUGGAGGCUACGGAGGGUAUGGAGGAGGAUACAAUCCAAUGGGAAGAAUCAUUGGAGGAGCAUUGACAGGCGCUAUGAUGGGUAUGAUGGGCAAGAAG